AUGUCGUUCAGUACAAAGCGUAAAACUCGGAAACUUAGCUCGACGAAAAUUAAGACUAAACCUCCCGGAAUAGACAGUUAUACUGUUAACGACUUACCUUCUUUACGUCGUAAGCGCACCAUAGCUUUAAACCGUGAUAUUAAAAAGUGGCCUGAAUUUUUUGAUACCUUCAACGCGCUCAUACAUGAUUGCCACUCACUGACCGAAGUUGAGAAAUUUCACUACUUGAUUUCCUCCUUAAGCGGCGAUCCGUUAGCGCUUAUUCGCGUGUAUCCAGUUACAGGUAACUUUUAUUUAGAUGCGUAUGCAGCGUUGGUCGCUCGCUACCAAGACAAGCGGGAGUUAGCCUUUACUUGCUGGAAGGAUUUCUUAAACAUCAAUUUUAAAAGUCAAAAUGCAACUGAGUUCCGUCGCACCUUAGACAGUAUCGACGAAAAUUUAAGCAUUCUCAAGAAACUGAAACUUUCUGUAGAUCACUGGGAUUUUAUUCUCGUAUACCAUGUUUUAUCGAAGCUAGAUACGAAAUUGCGUCGCGAAUUUGAGGAGAAAAGUGUCAAGUCAGAAUUUCCUACAUAUUCACAAUUAAAAGAUUUUUUACAUUCAAAAUGUGAAGCACUUAUACGAGAUCACCAUUUUAGUGAGCCUUCCAAAAGUUCGUACUCAGUGCAGGCAAUUUCUAAACCUACGACUCACAGCAUUAGACGAGCUAACUUUACGCAUACGUUGCUAGCUGAUAGUUCCAGUACACCGCUAACCACAACGGAAUCAAACGAUCAAUACAACAAAGUUUCGAUUAAAUGCCAAUUUUGUGGUGACGUUCAUUCGAUUUUGCACUGCAAAUCGUUUCUAUCCAAAUCCAUAGCUGAACGCAUAUCUAUAGCAAACGAAAAGAGAUGGUGCUAUAAUUGUCUUAAGGGUUCCCACCAGUUGCGAAACUGCGUCAGCGUGUUUCGAUGCAUCAAAUGCAAAGCAAAGCAUCAUACACUGAUUUGUGACGUCGACAAGGAAGUUGAUUCUAAGUGUACGAAUGCAAACUCUAAAUCCGUUUCGCUAUUUGCUAAGAACUCUGGAACUAUUACCAACAGUAAGUGUUCUGUUAAUACAACCGUUCUGUUGGCUACUGCUGUUAUCCAGCUACAGGAUAUUGACGGCGAGUAUCAUUCUUUCCGUGCUCUUUUUGACACAGGAAGUCAAAACAACUUUAUAACAUGCAACGCAGCUCAAUGUUUAAAGUUAAAACCAAUCCCAUGCGAUUCAAACGUUCAAGGUUUGGGAGGUGCCGCUGCUGAAAUCAACGGCAUAAUCCAUUGUCCUAUUGGCACAAAUAAUCGCAGUGUCUUCGAUGUGGACAUGUAUGUCAUGUCAAAAAUUUGUGGCGAUCAGCCUGUUGCGAAACUCCAAACUCAUGGCUUUUCUCACAUUGCCGAGCUGCAUCUAGCAGAUCCGGGAUUUGAUAUCCCUGGGCCUAUUGAUGUGCUUCUUGGUGCAGACGUUUUCGCUGAUUCACUUCUCGGAGAACGCAUAAAGGGUGACGCGCGUCAACCUCUAGCGAUUAAUUCGUUAUUUGGUUGGCUUUUAUUGGGAAGAACGCCGCUCAUCACUUCAAGUUUACUUCGCGUCACGACUAAUUCAGACGAGUUGGCAUCUAUCGUUCAAAAGUUCUGGGAACUCGACUUAAUUCCUAAUGCGUCGCCUCUUACACCUCAAGAAGUUGCGUGCGAAAGGGCUUACAUUGCUGAACAUUAUCGAGACUCUUCGGGUAGGUAUGGUGUACAUCUACCAUUUAAGGACAAUGUGGAACCCAGUUUCGUAGGAUCACGCGAUGUUGCGGUGAGGAGAUUUAAAGCCAUCGAGCGGCGUUUGACACGUGACCCUCUCUUGUAUCAGCAAUAUACUGAAUUCAUGGAAGAUUAUCUUCGUUCAGGACAUAUGUCGUUGGUGGCUGUCAAGGAUCUUAACCUUGGAAGGUACUAUAUACCCCACCAUUGUGUGAUAAAGCCAGACAGCGCGACGACCAAGUUACGCGUAGUCUUUGACGCGUCCGCUCAAGACGUCAAUCAUAAAUCAUUAAACUCAACUUUACUAACGGGACCUAAGCUUCAAUCUAACAUUUCGGAGGUGCUCCUUCGUUUUCGUUUGCAUGCGGUUGUCUUUUUGGCUGAUAUUCGUCAAAUGUAUAGACAAAUCUGGGUCUCUGAACACCAUAGGGAUUAUCAGAGAAUUAUAUGGAGAUCGAAAUCGGAUCAAAUCUUACAGGAAUAUCGAUUAAACACUGUUACUUAUGGUGUUGCAUCUGCGCCAUAUCUUGCGUGUAGGACCAUCAAACAAUUAGCAGAAGACGAGGGCUCUCGGUUUCCUUUAGCUAAAAAUAUCUUAUGCACAGAUAUAUACGUGGACGAUGUUGUUACUGGUUGUGAUACUCUAGAUAACGCGCUAGAGGCUAAGUCACAGCUUAUCACACUCUUUUCCUUAGGCCAUUUCAAACUAAGGAAGUGGGCUAGUAAUGUUCCCGGAUUAUUGUCAGAUUUUUCUCGUGAAGAGUGUCUUCUUGACCCUAAAUCGUUUUCAGAUGAACCACCUUCUACGCUAAAGGUACUAGGCCUUAAAUGGGACCCCGUAACUGAUACGUUUCAAUUCGAGGUAGCAUCAUCGAAUUGUUUGUGUACCAAGCGAACUAUUCUGAGUGAGCUUGCACGAAUUUUCGAUCCCUUGGGAUUCAUUUCACCUCUUACUAUUAAGGCUAAGUGUCUGAUCCAGAAACUUUGGAUUCUCGGAAUCUCUUGGGAUGCAGAGCCACCUGAGGAUAUAAUAUAUUCAUGGAAAAUCUUCUGUGACCAGCUUUCAGUUCUUCAAGAAUUACAGCUCCCUCGUCGCCUCACUGUCGAUAAUGCCAUCGCGUAUGAGCUGCACGGAUUCUGUGACAGUUCUGAAUUAGCAUACGGGGCUAUUAUUUAUCUGCGCGCUUUAUGCAAGGAUGGAUCUGUUCAAAUCCGGUUGGUAUGUGCCAAGGCUCGCGUGACCCCAAUCAAGAAGAUUUCGUUGCCUCGCUUGGAACUGUGUUCAGCAGUUCUCCUAACAGAUUUAACUAAAUUCGUCUUAAACACCUAUCUUAACAAAAUAAUCAUUAAUGUGAUUAAUUUAUGGACUGAUUCGACCGUUGUAUUGUCAUGGCUUCGUUCUCACUCUUCUCGUUGGACUACGUUUGUAGCUAACCGUGUAAGUCACAUUCAAGAUAUAUAUCCUGCCGAGUCGUGGCAUCACGUUACUUCGCCUGACAAUCCUGCGGACGUAUGUUCUCGUGGGCAACUUCCAUAUGAUCUUCUUCGUAAUUCGUUGUGGUGGUACGGACCGUCCUGGUUAUCAUUACCGCCUGACAAAUGGCCCAAUUCGUCCAAAUUGCCAUCUCCAACAUGCGGGGAGGAGAAUCUCAUACGCCAAGAGGAACGUCCAGCGGUCACAUUGCAACAGAAGGGAAACGUUGUAUCCAGACGGCAUUGCGUCUCGUCCCUUCAAAUCAGCAGCGAACUAGCCAACGGAAACCCGGUCUGGAUCGCCUCGGUACAACCGAAUCUGUCCGUUAUAUCGGUGGAACAUCAGCCUAACGAUAGUGUUCCAAACCCAGUGUCAUCACCGGAUCUCAACGACAAGAUCCGUGUGGUCACAUUAAUUAUUAAAAUAGUAUUCUAA